UAUCAUCAUCAUAACUAUCAAUUCUCAUUAUCGAUCGAUAUGUUUAAGAGUACUUUCCAAUUAACCACCAAGAGAUUCAAUUCUCAUUACGCUCCAUCCAAAUUCUUAAAGGAUUUAGCUUAUUCUGGAUCCAAGGUUGAUAAGAAAGCGGGAGAAGAAUUUAUUAAAAAGUAUGAAGAAAAAGUUCAUCAUUCAGAAGGUAUCACUAAUCUUUGGAAGAAAAUCACUUAUUUCGUAGCAUUACCUGCUUUAUUAUUGACUGUUAUCCCAGUGGGUCAGGUUGAAUUAAGUCAUGCUAAACAUCGUGAACAUUUACGUCAUUUAAGUGAUGAUGAAUGGCCUGUUCAAUAUGAUUAUCAAAAUUUAAGACAACAUAAAUAUUUCUGGGGUGAUGGUGAUAAGACUUUAUUCUGGAAUUCUGAUGUUAACAGACAUGUUGAAAAGUAGAGAAUUUCCCUUUCCUUUACCUUUUCCCUUUAUGAUGAUUAUUUUGUUCCAUUCCUUAUUUACUUUUCCCCUUUUUUAUAUUUUUGCAUACUACUACAUCCUAAUUACAUGAAGACUUAAGUAAUUAGUCUUCAAAUUUGUUUGUGUUUUUUAUAUCAUACUAAAAUCAUUCAAUUGAUUUUCAAAAUACUUUAUAUAUUCGAAAUAUAUGUGAUUAAAUUUACUUUUAGCUUUUAAAA